UCGGAAGUUACGACAUUUUGAUCGGAAGCAACAACGGGAGCUCGCUGGCUGUGAAGAUGAUUGACGAUCAGGACUUGGGGUUCUUCGCAAAUUUCCUCGGGAUCUUUAUAUUUGUACUAGUCAUUGCUUAUCAUUACGUGAUGGCUGAUCCAAAAUAUGAGGGAAGUUGAUUCAAAGGCCUAAUGGUGGAAGAAAUCUAGAGGCUUCUAUGAUAUUUGAUGUUCUAGCUAAUUAUCAAAUUUUAAUGCUUUGUAUUUGUACUGCGCCUGAAAUGGCAUGUCUGAACCUCGCGUCACCAAAGAAGUAAAAUUUUCGUGCUCCACUGUUGUUGUUGCUUGAGCAGAACAAAAUUGAAUAAGGCAUUAUUGUUUCUUACAUGCAAUGGACUUAACUUUUCUUGUUCUCUUUGCAA